AAUUCUACACUAGGCUACUAUAAAAAGUGUGUGUUUGCGUGAGAAAUCUGGAGACCAAAGAAUGAACGACUGCUACUUGUGUUUUUUGCUUCUGACAAUUUGCAAAGCAGGCUGGAUAUAGUCAAUGGUUUUGUGAAAGUCAAGGAUCGAUUUCCAUUGAACUUGCAAGAAAUGGAGCUAGCUCUUUGGAUUUCUUUUAUAUUUUAUUUUGUUUAAGCCUUAAAUUGUUGUCUCUUCUUUCCCUUUCUAUAGUUUAAACUUUUAUCCUAUCUGACCUGACAUGCUCUGCUCUUAUAUUCCGUGUCCUUUUUUGACCAUUCAAUUGUCAACCCCAAACAACCCUUUAAUUAAUAAUUCAAUUCAUACAUAACUUGCUUCUUGUUUUUCCGUUGGUGCUAAGAAAUAUAAAUUCCUCCUUACCAAAAAAAAAAAAAAAAAAAAAUUGCUUCUUGUUUACUGCUUUCCCUGUUGCCCUUGCGUAUUUAUGAAAAGAAUCAUCUCUGGUUUUAAUCUUGAUCGUCUUCAUUCUCCAGAUAGAUCAGAUCGAAUGGAUUGUCUUGAAUCCACUGAUGUGCCAUCCUUCUUUGUUUGCCCCAUCUCUCUUCAAAUCAUGAAAGAUCCUGUUACUAUCUCCACGGGCAUGACCUUUGAUCGAGAAAGUAUUCAAAAAUGGCUAUUCUCCUAUAAUCAUGUCAUCUGUCCCAUUACGAAACAACCUCUCUCCGAUUUCUCUCUCACUCCAAACUCCAAUCUUCGUCGCUUGAUCCAAACGUGGCAGUUGCACAACCCAUCUUCAUCAAACUCUGUAGAUCAAAAUCCAAAGCACGAUGCCUGGAUCCAUCUGAGCAUGCUUCUUGAAGAGAUCAAACAACCCCAUUUGCAGGUAAAGUCUCUUAGAAAGAUCAAGGCUUUAAUCCAAGAACAUCAUGGAAAUAGGACUUUCUGCAUGGGAGAUGAUGUUUUAUUUUCAUCUGUAGCAUCCCUUAUUGCGAAACAUGAGUUACAAGUUGGUCAUGACUCAUCGAUAAUUAUCAAUGAAGCAGUGGUUGUGCUGUGUCUUCUGAAGCCAUCCGAUGAGACGUUGAAGAUAGUUUCACAAAAAGGAAAUGGUCUAUUAAUCGGAUCUCUGUGUAAAAUUAUGACCAAGAAUUUAUGCAACCAGGCUAGAAUUCAAGCUGCUCUUCUCCUCAAGUCUAUAUUCAAAGUUGUAGAUGAAGUUUACAAGGCAGGACUUAAACCAGAAUUCUUUGAGAGUGUGACUGAGAUAUUAAAGGACCAAAACUCGAAACAUGGAAGCAUGGCGGUGCUGACCAUUUUAAUGGAAGUUCUGCCAUUUGGGAAAAAUAAAGAGAAAGCUAUUAAGGGAGGAUCUAUUCCAGUACUCGUAGAAUUGCUUGCUGAGACCACUGAAACGAGAACUUGCGAGAUGAUGUUGGUUGUGCUGGAAAAAUUCUGCAAGAAAGCUGAAGGGCGGGCGGCUUUUCUGGCUCAUCCGAUUGGCUUGGCAGCUGUGUUAUCGAAGAUUAUGAGAGUUUCUCAUGUUGGAAAUGAGAAAGCAAUAACUUUGUUGUUAUGGGUUGUUAGGUUUUGUAAGAGCAGCAAGGUUGCACAGGAGUUCAUGGAAGUGGGUGGUGUAGCUAAGUUGUUCAUGGUUGUACAAAGUGGAUGUGAUUCAACGAUCAAAGACCAAGCUAAGGAAAUUUUAGGGUUUCUUAAAAAUAGAUGGAGAAAUUCUCCUUGUUUUCCCUCUAUAGUAUCUUGAAAUAUUGAUUACUUGAAUUCCCACGUCUUUUUUUUUCCCUUUAGAAUUGUUCAUUAAUUAAUUUUCUUUUUGUUUCUGGGUUUCUUGGUUUGCUUCUCGUCUUCUUGAUAGGGAGAUUUCAUAAAAGAUGUGUUCAUAGAAUUGUAAAUCUUAGAAUGAAAGAUCUGAUGUGUGCAUUAUUUGUUAAUAUCGCUAAGAGAUAUAUA